AUGGAUUUAAUUUUCUUUUUAUCCUCACCGGUGCUUAGCGCUCCGAGCGGCGUGAGAGGCGAGUGGGGCGUGUGCAGGGUGAAGGGCGCGCGGGGGGUGCGCUGCGCGAGGGGCGAGGGGGGGCACGGGGAGGCGGAGGGGGCGCAGGGGGCGCAGGGGGUGGAGGGGGCGCAGGGGGUGGAGGGGGCGAGGCGCAGCCGCCGCGCCAGCAGCGCCCGCGGGGUCACCAGCGGCGUGCCUCUGCGCACAACGGACGAUUCGUUA